UUUUCCUAAACAAACUGUACUAACUGAAAGGUAACUGAUUAACACCACCUUUUUUCGCGAUUUAUCUGCUAGUAGUCUUGGUAUCGUAGUGGUACACAAAUGCCGACGUUAAGUAGUUGGCUAGCAGGAUAGAUACCUAACAUACACGAGACAUGGGGCCAUGGUCAUAUUACAGUACGUUUGGUGUUCGUUUCAAUUAUGCAGGUCUGCUUCCGUUGCAACAUGGCCAACAGCGGCGGUGAGUGGCAGAGGGCACGUCGUCGCAAGGGGGCAGCAAGGAGAGAGAAGCAGUGCCAGGCGGAUGGCCGAGAUUUUGGGAACGCAGAGGACAAGUCCCGAAUCCAGAGGAGAAUCGCAGAGACUGUGUGAGAGGCAGUGACUUGUCCCGCUGAAUUACAGAAUGCUGCGCCUACGUCCAGCUGGUUCCCACGAAUAUUUCCUUGGAACAUUUAAUGUCAAGUAAUAUCUCUUAAUCUCACAUUUCCUGAAUGGCAGAGCUACGGGGCGAAGAGUUCUGGCUGGAAUGGAAGGAGCUGCUGUCCCGUUUUCUGGCCUCAGAGAUUACGGGGACCUCAGAGAAUAAGGGGACUUUGGAGAACGACUCCAGCCUCCGCAGUUGUGGGCUUGACUGCGUGUGUUACGGACUGGGCAGCUUCUCUGCGUGCGUUUCUGCCCGAUACCAGCUGGCCAUGCUUAUACUGCUGCUGGACACGCUGAGGGUUCCUCCAGUGCAGUGCAGCAUGUUUGACCCAGUCUUCACCCCAGCAGAGUGCGAGGUGCUGCAGGCUCUCGGCUUCACGGUGUUGACCGAAAACGAGGAGGGGAAGAGGCCUGUGUCCAGACCCACGCUGUUCUACCUGAUCCACUGUGGGAAGGCCCUAUACAAUAACCUGCUGUGGAGAAACUGGAGCCCCCGGGCCCUGCCUCUGCUCACCAUCGUGGGCAACAGCUUCCACAGCAUCCAGGAGAGGAUGGUGCGACGAGACCUUAAGAAAAACUACAGCUUCAUUUCAGAUGUGAUUGGUGCUUGUGAGGAGAUGACCCUGCCCUGCUCCCCGCGCUUUCUGGACGUGUUCAGCGACACAGCGUUACUACGCUUCCCGCCCCAGCGCCUGGCAAGCCUACACCCACACACCUGGACACAAGCCUCUGAGCCAGACUACCAGCACUGUGAGGACCUGGAGAUCAUUCAGAGAGACCAGGGCCAGCCUACACCCACACACCUGGACACAAGCCUCUGAGCCAGACUACCAGCACUGUGAGGACCUGGAGAUCAUUCAGAGAGACCAGGGCCAGCCUACACCCACACACCUGGACACAAGCCUCUGAGCCAGACUACCAGCACUGUGAGGACCUGGAGAUCAUUCAGAGAGACCGGGGCAACUGUGAGGGGUGUGGGUGACAAACCCAGUGUGGAGAGAACCAAAGAGAACAGGACUAUGGGAAUGACCAUUUGCCAUAAUCAAACACUUUUUGUGAGCCAAACCUUUUAAUCAGUACGGCUGUUGUUGUUUCAUAUGGAAACUCUUGGCUCGAGGGUGGAUUGGGAGAAGUCUUGCAAAAUGUGUACUGUGUGAAAAUGUAAUUUUGGUCUGUCAUAUCAAAGCAAAGCAGUUAUUCAGUUAAACUGCUGAAGUGUAUUGUGAAACAGGCUUCACUGUACCUACUCCAGUGUAAUUCAGGGACUGACAUCUCUGUACACAUGGUCCUGAAAAGAAUCCUUGAUUUGACUGAUAAAUCCACGUUACAUGAGAACACAAA